GGGCAAAGCAACCUGGAGGGUGAACCGGAAGACAGGAGGCGGUGCGCUGCUACCGCGCGUGCGCAUGCUGGCGGAGUAACUCACGCUGACAAUGGCCGAGCUUGGUGAAGCAGACGAAGCGGAGUUACAGCGCCUGGUGGCAGCGGAGCAGCAGAAGGCGCAGUUCACUGCGCAGGUGCAUCACUUCAUGGAACUAUGUUGGGAUAAGUGUGUUGAGAAGCCAGGAAAUCGGCUAGACUCCCGCACUGAAAACUGCCUCUCUAGCUGUGUGGACCGCUUCAUUGACACUACUCUUGCUAUCACCGGUCGGUUUGCCCAGAUUGUACAGAAAGGAGGACAGUAGACCAAACCUCAGAACGGUGGAAGACCCAAAACUUGAUACUGAGCAGAUUGAAUGGCCAGUGGAGAAAGAAUGGUCAACGUGUCAGGUUAGCAUCAGGCAGUUACUAAGUCUGUUGGUGCUAAAAAGUAACAGAUCAGAUGUCCAAAAGUGAAAUUUUAUUUAUUGGAAUUCAGUAAUUCCAGGUUGUAUAACACCAGUUAAUAAAUGUGAAGUCUCCAA